AUGAGUUACAAAGUUUUGACUGCUAAGCUUGCACAGCAGGUUGAUAAGGAGCUGAUGAGUACCGGUGGGUUCUCCAUCGACCAAUUAAUGGAGCUUGCUGGGUUGUCAGUGGCGCAAGCCACGUAUGACUCGUUCCCUCUGUUGAAGAAAGUACUCGUUGUUGUUGGGCCAGGCAACAAUGGUGGAGAUGGGCUUGUUGCUGCACGCCACUUGAAACUAUGGGGGUUUAACCCAUCGAUUUAUUACCCAAGACCUUCAUCUAAACAGCUUUUCUUGAACCUGGAGACUCAACUACGCAACCUGGACGUGGAGUUCAUCCAGGAGCUAGACUCGAGCUCCAUAUCGCAAUUCCAACUCAUCAUCGAUGCCAUUUUUGGCUUUUCCUUCCAGUCCGGCUCUAUCCGCCCACCGUUUGACGGCAUCAUCAACACCAUCAACGCCACGGAUAUUCCAGUGCUCUCCGUUGAUAUCCCCUCUGGCUGGGACGUUGAUCGUGGGUUUGUAGAAGGUGGAAUCAAACAACCAGAGGUUCUCAUCAGCUUGACUGCACCAAAACCCGUUGUGAACUUCCUCGAUGACAAGACUACACAGUACGUAGGAGGUAGAUUCAUCGGCAAGGAGUUUGCAAAGAAGUUUGGCAUUGACGAUUUUGGUUAUAAGGGAUACGAUCAGAUAGUUAAGUUAAAUAAGUUAUGAAUCAAGAAAUGUCCAUGUCGAUGAAGUCCCUGUUGGGAGAGGACAUGGACAAUUACGCGGAGCCACCAAGAC